AUGAGGUUCAUGCUGCGUGGCUCUGUGGCAUCAACCCGCUACGGCUGCCUCUGCCGCGGAGGUGAAGUGUGAAGGGACCGUGAAUUAGGCGUGUUUAAUGUGUGAAAUGGGCCGAGGCCCAACGGCGUGGGCUGGGGAUGCACUCUCCCUUUCCUGGGUCCCUGGACAGGCCCCUGAGUGGGGAGUGUAGUGGGGGGGGGGCAGGAACUGCACUGUUUCAACCCCAGCUGCUCCAAGGCUGGGCUGCUGGGUGGCAGCUGACUGUCCCCACUUUGCCUCAGAUUUACAGCUUCGCAGUUGAACCCUUUUUUUAUAUAUUUCCAGUGCAUUAGCCUUCCGAGGGACACCACUGAUUACUACCCUCAUCUAGUACCAUGGUAAAUAGGAGGCUUUUAUUGUCUCAGGAAAUUACUGUUGGGUAACGAAGGAAUGAGAAAUGUCUCGACUUUAUCAGACUUAGCAGCAGCGGGCCACAAAUACAGGGCCCCUCCGAUAAUUGCAUAUUAAAGUGACAACUAGCAGAGCUUUAGCCAUUUGUCAUAUCUUGGAACGCAUUAUGAUGGUGUGAGUGUGACACUCAAAUCUCUUUCUCACUUGGCGGAGGCAGCUGGGAUUUCUAAACAACAACCCACACCAUAUAAUGCUAUCCCUACACCCAUAAAGGGAAUGGAAAGCUGCCAAACCUACACCCUGACGAAUACACCCUAGUUAAGACGAAUACACUGUCUUACUCUAUCCAAUUCCUUCUCAUUGUCAUUAUAUUGCGGCAAAAGCUUGGUAAUUGGGCAUGGCAAUUUUUUUUUAAAGGCCUUCCUCUUGGCCGCAGAGAAAAAAUGUUGCUGUUUUAACUCAAAAUUCCUGCAAUUCUACACAUUUUGCCAUGUUCUGAGUGACUCAAGUAGUAUAACAAAAUCAUGCCAUGACAUUUUUGGAAUUUUAGAUUUUGUCUGACUGUCUAGUUUUUAUUGGUGAUUGUUAGUUCUCAAAGAUGAUCUUAUUUAAAAAUACACUAUGUAUACAAAAGAAUGUGGACACCCAUUCCAAUUAGUGGAUUCGGCUAUUUCAGCCACACCCGUUGCUGACAGGUGUAUAAAUUCAAGCACACAGCCAUGCAAUCUCCAUAGACAAACAUUGGCAGUAGAAUGGCCUUACUGAAGAGCUCAGUGACUUUCAACAUGGCACGGUCAUAGGAUGCCACAUUUCCAACAAGUCAGUUUGUCAAAUUUCUGCCCUGCUAGAGCUGCCCCGGUCAACUGUAAGUGCUGUUAUUGUGAAAUGGAAAUGAGCAAAAACGGCUACCACGAAGUGGUAGGCCACACACUCACAGAACGGGACCGUAAAGAAAAAGCCUUAUCGCAGAUCCCAUCUUUUAUUUUUAUUGGCCAGACUGAGAUUGGCUUUUUUUUUGCAACUCUGCUAGAAGGUCAGCAUCCCGAGUCCGGCUUCUUCACUGUUGACGUUGAGACUGGUGUUUUUGCGGGUACUACAUUUAUGCAGCGGCCAGUUGAGGACCUGUGAGGCGCAUGUUUCUCAACUAGACACUAAUGGUAUUGUCCUCUUGCUCAGUUGUGCACCGGGGCCUCCCACUCCUCUUUCUAUUCUGGUUAUAGACAGUUUGCUCUGUUCUCUGAAGGGAGUAGUACACAGCGUUGGCAAUUUCUCGCAUGGAAUAGCCUUCAUUUCUCAGAACAAGAAUAGACUGACGAGUUUCAGAAGAAAGUUCUUUGUUUCUGGCCAUUUUGAGCCUGUAAUCAAACCCACAAUUAUUGACGCUCCAGAUACUCAAGAAGGCCAGUUUUAUUGCUUCUUUAAUCAAACAACAGUUUUCAGCUGUGCUAACAUAAUUGCAAAGGGUUUUCUAAUGAUCAGUUAGCCUUUUAAAAUGAUAAACUUGGAUUAGCAAACACAACGUGCCAUUGGAACACAGGACUGAUGGUUGCUAAUAAUGGGCAUCUGUACGCCUAUGUAGAUAUUCCAUUAAAGAUCAGUCUUUUCCAGCUACAAUAGCCAUUUACAACAUUAACAAUGUCUACACUGUUUUUCUGAUCAAUUUGAUGUUAUUUUAAUGGACAAAAAAAAUGCUUUUCUUUCGAAAACAGGGACAUUUCUAAGUUACCCCAAACUUUUGAACGGUAGUGUAUAUACACAGUACCAGUCAAAAGUUUGGAAACACCUACUCAUUCAAGGGUUUUUCUAUUUUAUACUAUUUUUUACAUUGUAGAAUAAUAGUGAAGACAUGAAAACUAUGAAAUAACACAUAUGUAAUCAUGUAUUAUCCAAAAACAUGUUAAAGAAAUCAAAAUAUAUUUUUAUUUGAGAUUCUUCAAAUAGCCACCCUUUGCCUUGAUGACAGCUUUGCACACUCUUGGCAUUCUCUCAACCAGCUUCAUGAGGUAGUCACCUGGAAUGCAUUUCAAUUAACAGGUGUGCCGUCUUAAAAGUUAAUUUGAAGAAUGUAUUUCCUUCUUAAUGCUUUUGAGCCAAUCAGUUGUGUUGUGACAAGGUAGGGGAGGUAUACUGAAGAUAGCCCUAUUUGGAAAAAUACCAAGCUCAAAUAAGCAAAGAGAAACGACAGUCCGUCAUUACUUUAAGACAUUACAAUUUCAAGAACUUUGACAAUUUCUUCAAGUGCAGUCGCAUAAACCAUCAAGCGCUAUGAUGAAACUGGCUCUCAUGAGGACCGCCGCAGGAAUGGAAGACCCAGAGUUACCUCUACUGCAGAGGAUAAGUUCAUUACAGUUACCAGCCUCAGAAAUUGCAGCCAAAAUAAAUGCUUCACAGAGUUCAAGUAACAGACACAUCUCAACAUCAACUGUUCAGAAGGGAAUGUGUGAAUCAGGCCUUCAUGGUCUAAUUGCUGCAAAUAAACCACUACUAAAGGACACCAAUAAGAAGAAGAGACCUGCUUGGGCCAAGAAACACGAGCAAUGGACAUUAGACAGGUGCAAAUUUGUCCUUUGGUCUGGAGUCCAAAAUUGGAGAUUUUUGGUUCCAACCGCUGUGUCUUUGUGAGACGCGGUGUGGGGGAACGGAUGAUCUCUGCAUGUGUAUUUCCCACUGUAAAGCAUGGAGGAGGAGGUGUUAUGGUGUGGGGGUGCUUUGCUGGUGACACGGUCUGUUAUUUAUUUUAGAAUUCAAGGCACACUUAACCAGCAUGGCUACCACAGCAUUCUGCAGCGAUACGCCAUUCCAUCUGGUUUGGGCUUAGUGGGACUAUCAUUUGUUUUUCAACAGGACAAUUACCCAACACACCUCCAGGCUGUGUAAGGGCUAUUUUACCAAGAAGGAGAGUGAUAGAGUGCUGCAUCAGAUGACCUGGCUUCCACAAUCCCCCGACCUCAACCCAAUUGAGAUGGUUUGGGAUGAGUCGGAUGGCAGAGUGAAGGAAAAGCAGCCAACAAGUGCUCAGCAUAUAUGGGAACUCCUUCAAGAUUUUUGGAAAAGCAUUCCAGGUGAAGCUGGUUGAGAGAAUGCCAAGAGUGCCUAAAGCUGUCAUCAAGGCAAAGGGUGGCUAUAAAAUAUUAUUUGAUUUGUUUAACACUUGUUUGGUUACUACAUGAUUCCAUAUGUGUUAUUUCAUAAUUUUGAUGUCUUCACUAUUAUUCCACAAUGUAGAAAAUAGUAAAAUUGAAGAAAAAGUAGGUGUGUCCAAACUUUUGACUGGUACUGUACAUAUUAUAAUUAUAUCUUUUUAUAUAUAUUUUUUAUAUCAUACAUGUAUUUCUUGGAGUGGCAGCAACUAUUUAGCAGCGGAAGCCCACCACUGCUAAAUAAAUACAGGGAAAAACACUGCUAUUGAUCUGAAUACCCGACCGAUGGGCCUUUUUUUUACUCUGCCCAUUUCUCCAUAGUAUUAACAGCACACCUGGAGAAAAUAGAUGUACUUUAUCGCACUUAUAUCAGUGUGUAUGGGAGAAGGUGGGCUGAGCAGCGCAGCAAACAGCCUAUUUUUCCAGGAAUAGGUCACAAUAAAAAUGCCAGUUGUGUGGCUGUUUGGGGUGUGUCUACAUGUCAAAAUACCAACAAAGUCAGUCAUAGUGAAGAAAACAAUAGAUUUCCAUUAGUUGAGUGUUGUGUAUAUAUAUUGUGCCUUGCAAAAGUAUUCAUCCCCCUUUGCGUUUUUCCUGUUUUGUUGCACUACAACCUGUAAUUUAAAUGGAUUUCUAUUUAGAUUUCACAAAAUAGUCAAAAUUGGUGAUGUGAAAUGAAAAAAAUAACUUGUUUCAAAAAAUUCAAAAAAAUGAAUAGCGGAAAAGUGGUGCGUGCGUAUGUAUUCACCCCCUUUGCUAUGAAGCCCCUAAAUAUGAUCUGGUGAAACCAAUUACCUUCAGAAGUCACAUAAUUAGUUAAAUAAAGUCCACCUGUGUGCAAUCUAAGUGUCACAUGAUCUGUCACAUGAUCUCAGUAUAUAUACACCUGUUCUAAAAGGACCCAGAGUCUGCAACACCACUAAGCAAGGGGCACCACCAAGCAAGCGGCACCAUGAAGACCAAGGAGCUCUCCAAACAGGUCAGGGACAAAGUUGUGGAGAAGUACAGAUAAGGGUUGGAUUAUAAAAAAAUAUCAGAAACUUUGAACAUCCCACGGAGCACCAUUCAAUUCUAUAUUAAAAAAUGGAAAGAAUAUGGCACCCCAACAAACCUGCCAAGAGAGGGCCGCCCACCAAAAAUCACGAACCAGGCAAGGAGGGCAUUAAUCAGAGAGGCAACAAAGAGACCAAAGAUAACCCUGAAGGAGCUGCAAAGCUCCACAGCGGAGAUUGGAGUAUCUGUCCAUAGGACCACUUUAAGCCGUACACUCCACAGAGCUGGGCUUUACAGAAGAGUGGCCAGAAAAAAGCCAUUGCUUAAAGACAAAAAUAAGCAAACCCGUUUGGUGUUUGCCAAAAGGCAUGUGGGAGACUCCCCAAACAUAUGGAAGAAGGUACUCUGGUCAGAUGAGACUAAAAUUGAGCUUUUUGGCCAUCAAGAAAAACGCUAUGUCUGGCGCAAACCCAACACCUUUCAUCACCCCGAGAACACCAUCUCAACAGUGAAGCAUGGUGGUGGCAGCAUCAUGCUGUGGGGAUGUUUUUUAUCGGCAGGGACUGUGAAACUGGUCAGAACUGAAGGAAUGAUGGACGGCGCUAAAUAUAGGGAAAUUCUUGAGGGAAACCUGUUUCAGUCUUCCAGAGAUUUGAGACUGGGACGGAGGUUCACCUUCCAGCAGGACAUUGACCCUAAGCAUACUGCUAAAGCAACACUCGAGUGGUUUAAGGGGAAACAUUUAAAUGUCUUGGAAUGGCCUAGUCAAAGACCAGACCUCAAUCCAAUUGAGAAUCUGUGGUAUGACUUAAAGAUUGCUGUACACCAGCGGAACCCAUCCAACUUGAAGGAGCUGGAGCAGUUUUGCCUUGAAGAAUGGGCAAAAAUCCCAGUGGCUAGAUGUGCCAAGUUUAUAGAGACAUACCCCAAGAGACUUGCUGCUGUAAUUCCUGCAAAAGGUGGCUCUACAAAGUAUUGACUUUAGGAGGGUGAAUAGUUAUGCACGCUCAAGUUCUGUUUUUUUUGUCUUAUUUCUUGUUUGUUUCACAAUAAAAAAUAUCACCCCAAAAAAGAUUUUGCAUCUUCAAAGUGGUAGGCAUGUUGUUUAAAUCAAAUGAUACAAACCCCCCAAAAAUCCAUUUUAAUUCCAGGUUGUAAUGCAACAAAAUAGGAAAAAUGCCAAGGGGCGUGAAUACUUUCGCAAGCCACUGUAUGGGGUGCAGGGAGUAACUUCAAUUCAUUAUAACAGAUUACUCCCGUAACCACUUUUACCUCUACACAUUGUUUGCUAACCUUUGCUUACAUUUUCAUGUCAGCAAAAUAUGUCACUUUAGAAGAUUGUCACGUCUUUCAUGCUAAUUGAAUUGCUCUCCAUAUGACCCCAUGGUGCCUGUACAAGGUGUGACAUUUGUGAGGAAAUGUAACACCCCAGUACUCAUCAGGUAGACACUUCUAGAGGUUAAGGGGGCCUGGUUAACACACAUCACAGAUAUUGGCUGUGUGUUGAUGCUGGAGGGUGGCGGUGUGUAUAGUGUGUGUGUGUGUGUGUGUGUGUGUGUGUGUGUGUUGUGCGUUAGUGUAUGUGUGUGUGUAUGGGUCUAUGUGUGUGGAGUUGGCGAGAGUGCUGAUGUAAAACGACGGUGGCUGAGGCGAAUGAGAAAUGUAAUCAGCCUUGUUCACUAGCCAUGCCCUGGUUAGGGUCUCCACUAUAUUGAUUCACCACUCUGAAUUGAUUUGCUCUAUUCUGGACCCAAAGUUGUGAUGAUUGAUAUAUCCUCUUUGCAUAGCCCAUUGAUGUGCUUAAAAUCAUUUUGGUGAUGAAUCGUCUGAUUCCGCAUGUCAUCCUAUGGCCCUAGUCGCAUUAGCAGACGCCAUUUAUCACUGGCGAGUUAAAAGGUAGCAGCCGAAAUUUGCCUGGAAAGAGGUUGUCGUCAUUUUAACCUUCUCAUUGGAUCGCCACCGACACAUUUAAGUUCUCAUUUGUGUCAGGGAAUUCAUUAUGGUUUCAAGGGGAGCUUCCCUGGCUGCUAGCGGGCUGUGCUAAUGUGCUAGUCGUUUGAAGGGAGGCCAAGGGGCGGCCCUUGAUAAGUGUAUCAGUUAGAAUCAGGUAAUCGUCUGGGUCAAGUAUUCAAGCUAAAUUAAAUAAUUCCAUUCAUGGAAUAAUCUACUGAGUUAGUUAUUAUGAGUUUAGAGGGAAAUGAUGGUGUCCGGAGACAAUUUUUCUAAUAACUGAACCUAAUCUUCUAAUUGCUACUCUCUCAUGUAAGUUGGUACAUUUUGGAAGAAAAGCCUUUAUGAUUUAGGCCACUUGCCUUGUGCCAGAAACCUCCCAGAACUUUUUGCCUACUGUAGAAUGGCCUACUGCCAAAUGUGAGGCAAGCUAUAAAACCACAUACUAAUCUAUAAAAUGGUAAUACAGGUUUAGAGAUAGUCUAAAGAAAUACUGUUUUUUGGGCCAGUAUGUGGGCUCUGAAUGUGUGUAUGUAUCCAAACAGAAACACAUGUCUUGGUGUUGUUGUUUUACCUCAGAGUAGUAGAUCAAUUGAAAGACACUCGAGCCAGAGCGUUGACAUGUCCCUGGCUUGGUGUUCAGUUAUCAAAGCAACGUCCCUGAGAAUAUCUAUCGCUUCAAUAUAUAUUCUUUGUUAUUCCAGCAGCACUUUCUCUCACACCUAUUCAUCCCUCUUCCUGUCUGAACCUCAUCUCGGAUCUCUUUCUUCUCUCCUUGCAGAUUUCAACAAUAUAGUAAAAGGACAGUAGUUCACAUUUGCAUUAGUUCCUCAGACUUGAUGGGUCUGGGUUCAAAUAGUGGGUUCAAAUAGUAUGUUUUCUUUCAAAUACUUUUCAGCGUUUGAUUUAGCCUGCCUGAAGUGCCAGAAGGGAUGGGGUUUGCACUUGGAGCUGCAGCUCACUGAACAAAAAUAUAAACGUGUCAUUUGAGUGUAAUUUCUUAUACAUGCUCACAGGUCAUAUUAACCCUUUUGUUUUAUGAGCUGAAAUGAAAGAUCACAGAAAUAAGGAGUAAUAAAGCCCUUUUGUGGGGAAAACUCAUUCUGAUUGGCUGGGCUUUGUUCCCCAGUGGGUGGGCCUAUGCCCUCCCAGGCCCACUCAUGGCUGUGCCCCUGCCCAGUCAUGUGAAAUCCAUAGAUUAGGGCCUAAUGAAUUUGAAACAAGUAAAAUUGUUGCAUGUUGUGUUCAUAUUUUUGUUCAGUGUGUGAGAGAGAGAGAGAGAGAGAGAGAGAGAGAGAGAGAGAGAGAGAGAGAGAGAGAGAGAGAGAGAGAGAGAGAGAGAGAGGGUAAUUUGCAGUGAGCGAUGAUUUGCCAAGAUAAUUAUUGCUGAGGUGACUAAACUACCCACUCUGAGGUCCUUUUGGGGACCCAUUUCAGCAAGAAAAUAGACUGAAAUAUACUCAUUUAGGGCCAUUUCAGCCAAAUUGGAUGAAAGUUGUGGUGCACAAAGGUUGCCUCUGUGUGAUGAAAAGCCCCAGUAGAUGAAAAUUAACACAUUGCUCAUAUUCCAGAGAGAGAACAAAUUACUAUCGCAAUGUUUCAGUUUUGCCUCUAAAUCCUGGGCUGCAUCUCAAAUGACACCCUAUUCCCUAUUAAGUGCAUUACUUUCGACCAGGGCGCAUAGGGCUCUGGUCAAAAUUAGUGCACUGUAUAGGGAAUACGGUGCCAUUGGGGACUGAAGCAAAAUCUUUGAAAUUGUUGCAUGUUGCGUUUAUAUUUUUGUUCAGUAUAUUUGAAAAAAACAAAUACUAUUUGAACCCAGGUCUGGUAGACAACAGUAAAUCGAUCUGUUCUACCCCAGAAAUACCUCUCCUCCUCGGCCUGUUACCUCACCUCACUUCCUGGUUCUUUCUCGUCCCUGAUAGGUUCUUUCAUGGUGGUGAACGGCUCGGGCCGGGCAUCGGGGCAGAAGGCCCACCUGCUUCUGCCCACCCUGAAGGAGAAUGACACUCACUGCAUCGACUUCCACUACUCUCUAUCCAGCCGCGACGGCUCCAGUCCCGGGGUGCUCAACGUCUACAUCAAGGUGAACGGCGGCACCCAGGGAAACCCUGUGUGGAAUGCCUCUGCCUCGGUGACCGAGGGCUGGGUCAAGGCCGAGCUGGCCAUCAGCACUUUCUGGCCCAACUCCUAUCAGGUGAGGGGAGAGCUUCAGUGUCCGCCACAUACUGCCACAGCUGUGUGGUGUUCAUUAAAGCACACAACAGAAAACGUCUUUAAAAUGUUUUGCAAGGAAAACAAAAGAGUUUCUUAUUGGACCAGUCCAAAUAGUCUCCCCCUUUCAGUCUGUUUUCUUCUGUUUGGUGCAUAAUACAAUAGGUUUGAUAUGUUCAUUACACCGUUAUCACACCAACUAUAGCCAUGCUCAAGCCAGUGUUCAGAACCAGUAUGUGGUAGGCCUAUUGUUGGAAAUUUGAUUUCUUAAUUAUAUUAUUGUUUUGAUUGAUGUUGCCUGUCAUUGUGCGAUACGGUUCGACCACUCACAGCGAUUUUUCAGAUGGAACCCAAUUGGUUUAUUUGCAGACUUCCUAAAGUUAGAAAAAUAAGGUUAAGAAAUUGCUUAAACUUCAAUAUAAAUUAUUUUUCAGUAACUAGACUACUGACACCAUGGGGAUAUUGGUGAAAUUAAAUCGGAUGAGAAUCACCACUUUAAUUGCUCUGAAUCACACCCGGCCAAACAUAGACACACAACCUAGAACUGAAACAUAGAAAUAGACUAACUAGAACGUAAACAUAGACUAUAUAACAUAGAAACUCACGCCCUGACCAAACCAACUAAAGACAACAGGCCUCUCACGGCCAGGGCGUGACACCCUGCUCGAAAAUAAUGCACUAAAUAGGGAAUAGGGUGUCAUUUGAGACGUAGCCCAGGUUUUAGAGGCAAAACCGAAACAUUGCGAUACUAUUUUGUUCUCUCUCUGGAAUAUGAGCAAUAUGGUAAUGUUAAUCUACUGGGGCUUUACAUCACACAGAGGCAACCUUUGUGCACCACAACUUUCAUCCAAUAUGGCUGAAAUGGCCCUAAAUUAGUGUAUUUCAGUCUAUUUUCAGUACUCGACCCUUGCUGAACUGGGUCCUCAAAAGGACCUCAGAGUGGGGAGCUUAGUCACCUCAGCAAUAAUUAUCUUGGCAAAUCAUCGCUCACUGCAAAUUACCAUGUUAAAUAACCUUUGAGGAAAAAUAAUUUUAGGUACCCACACAACUCUUACAUAGUCCACUCAAACACUCACCAUCUCAUAUACAGUGGGGAGAACAAGUAUUUGAUACACUGCCGAUUUUGCAGGUUUUUCUACUUACAAAGAAUGUAGAGGUCUGUAAUUUUAUCAUAGGUACACUUCAACUGUGAGAGACAGAAUCUAAAACAAAAAUCCAGAAAAUCACAUUGUAUGAUUUUUAAGUAAUUCAUUUGCAUUUUAUUGCAUGACAUAAGUAUUUGAUACAUCAGAAAAGCAGAACUUAAUAUUUGGUACAGAAACCUUUGUUUGAAAUUACAGAGAUCAUACGUUUCCUGUAGGUCUUGACCAGGUUUGCACACACUGCAGCAGGGAUUUUGGCCCACUCCUCCAUACAGACCUUCUCCAGAUCCUUCAGGUUUCGGGGCUGUCACUGGGCAAUAUGGACUUUCAGCUCCCUCCAAAGAUUUUCUAUUGGGUUCAGGUCUGGAGACUGGCUAGGCCACUCCAGGACCUUGAGAUGCUUCUUACGGAGCCACUCCUUAGUUGCCCUGGCUGUGUGUUUCGGGUUGUUGUCAUGCUGGAAGACCCAGCCACGACCCAUCUUCAAUGCUCUUACUGAGGGAAGGAGGUUGUUGGCCAAGAUCUUGCGAUACAUGGCCCCAUCCAUCCUCCCCUCAAUACGGUGCAGUCGUCCUGUCCCCUUUGCAGAAAUGCAUCCCCAAAGAAUGAUGUUUCCACCUCCAUGCUUCACGGUUGGGAUGGUGUUCUUGGGGUUGUACUCAUCCUUCUUCUUCCUCCAAACACGGCGAGUGGAGUUUAGACCAAAAAGCUAUAUUUUUGUCUCAUCAGACCACAUUACCUUCUCCCAUUCCUCCUCUGGAUCAUCCAGAUGGUCAUUGGCAAACUUCAGACGGGCCUGGACAUGCGUUGGCUUGAGCAGGGGGACCUUGCGUGCGCUGCAGGAUUUUAAUCCAUGACGGCGUAGUGUGUUACUAAUGGUUUUCUUUGAGACUGUGGUCCCAGCUCUCUUCAGGUCAUUGACCAGGCCCUGCCGUGUAGUUCUGGGCUGAUCCCUCACCUUCCUCAUGAUCAUUGAUGCCCCACGAGGUGAGAUCUUGCAUGGAGCCCCAGACCGAGGGUGAUUGACCGUCAUCUUGAACUUCUUCCAUUUUCUAAUAAUUGCGCCAACAGUUGUUGCCUUCUCACCAAGCUGCUUGCCUAUUGUCCUGUAGCCCAUCCCAGCCUUGUGCAGGUCUACAAUUUUAUCCCUGAUGUCCUUACACAGCUCUUUGGUCUUAGCCAUUGUGGAGAGGUUGGAGUCUGUUUGAUUGAGUGUGUGGACAGGUGUCUUUUAUACAGGUAACGAGUUCAAACAGGUGCAGUUAAUACAGGUAAUGAGUGGAGAACAGGAGGGCUUCUUAAAGAAAAACUAACAGGUCUGUGAGAGCCGGAAUUCUUACUGGUUGGUAGGUGAUCAAAUACUUAUGUCAUGCAAUAAAAUGCAAAUUAAUUACUUAAAAAUCAUACAAUGUGAUUUUCAGGAUUACAGACCUCUACAUGCUUUGUAAGUAGGAAAACUUGCAAAAUCGGCAGUGUAUCAAAUACUUGUUCUCCCCACUGUAUAUAUAUAUAUAUAUAUAUAUAUAUAUAUAUAUAUAUAUAUAUAUAUAUAUACACACACAGUGCAUUCGGAAAGUAUUCAGACCCCUUGACUUUUUCCACAUUUUGUUACGUUACAGCCAUAUUCUAAAAUGGAUUAAAUAGUUUUUUUCCCCCCUCAUCAAUCUACACAUAAUACACCAUAAUGACAAAGCAAAAACAGGUUUUAGAAUUUUUUGCAAAUGUAUUACAAAUAAAAAACAGAUAUCACACUUACAUAAGUAUUCAGAUCAUUUACUCAGUACUUUGUUGAAGCACCUUUGGAAGUGAUACAGCCUCAAGUCUUCUUGGGUAUGACACCACAAGCUUGGCACACCUGUAUUUGUGGAGCAUCGCUGCACAGCUAUUUUCAGGUCUCUCAAGAGAAGUUAGAUCGGGUUCAAGUCCGGGCUCUGGCUGGGCCUCUCAAGGACAUUCAGAGAUGUGUCCCGAAGCCACUCCUGCGUUGUCUUGGCUGUGUGCUUAGGGUUGUUGUCCUGUUGGAAGGUGAACCAUCGCCCCAGUCUGAGGUCCUGAGCGCUCUGGAGCAGGCUUUUAUCAAGGAUCUAUCUUUACUUUGCUCCGUUCAUCUUUCUCUCGAUCCUGACUAGUCUCCCAGUCCCUGCCGCUGAAAGACAUCCCCACAGCAUGAUGCUGCCACCACCUUGCUUCAACCGUAGGGAUGGUGCCAUGUUUCCUCCAGACAUGACGCUUGGCAUUCAGGCCAAAGAGUUCAAUCUUGGUUUCAUCAGACCAGAGAAUCUUGUUUCUCAUGGUCUGAGAGUCCUUUAGGUGCCUUUUGGCAAACUCCAAGAGGGCUGUCAUGUCCUUCUGGAAGGUUGUCCCAUCUCCACAGAGGAACUCUGGAGCUCUGUCAGAGUGACCAUCGGGUUCUUGGUCACCUUCCUGACCAAGGCCCUUCUCCCCCGAUUGCUCAGUUUGGCCGGGCGGCCAGCUCCAGGAAGAGUCUUGUUGGUUCCAAUCUUCUUCCAUUUAAGAAUGAUGGAGGCCACUGUGUUCUUUUUUUGGUACCCUUCCCCAGAUCUGUGCCUCGACACAAUCCUGUCUCGGAGCUCUACAGGCAAUUCCAUCGACCUCAUGGCUUGUUUUUUUGCUCUGACAUGCACUGUCAACUGUGGGACCUUAUAUAGACAGGUGUGUGCCUUUCCAAAUCAUGUCCGAUCAAUUGAAUUUACCACAGGUGGACUUCAAUCAAGUUGUAGAAACAUGUCAAGGAUGAUCAAUGGAAACAGGAUGCACCUGAGCUCAAUUUCGAGUCUCAUAGUAAAGUUUUCUGUUUUUUUAUAUUUUAUCCAUUUGCAAACAUUUCUAAAAAACCUGUUUUCACUUUGUUAUAAUGGGGUAUUGUGUGUAGAUUGAUGAGGGAAAACAUGUAUUUAAUCAAUUUUAGAAUAAGGCUGUAAGAUAACAAAAUGUGGAAAAAGUCAACGUGUCUGAAUUCUUUCCAAAUGCAGUGUGUGUAUAUAUAUACAUUUACAUUUAACAUUUUAGUCAUUUAGCAGACGCUCUUAUCCAGAGCGACUUACAUUUAGUGAGUGCAUACAUUUUUUUAUUUAUUUUCAUAUACUGAACAAAAAUAUACACGCAACAUGCAACAAUUGUAUUGAUUUUACUGAAUUACAGUUCAAAUUAGGAAAUCAGUCAAUUGAAAUAAAUAAAUUAGGCCCUAAUCUUAGGAUUUCACAUGACUGGGAAUACAGAUAUGCAUCUGUUGGUCACAGAUACCUUAAACAAAUGGGCCUCACAAUUGGCCUCAGGAUCUCGUCACGGUAUUUUUUUAAAUUCAAAUUGCCAUCGAUAAAAUGCAAUUCUGUUCGUUGUCCGUAGCUUAUGCCUGCCCUUACCAUAACCCCACCGCCACCAUGAUGCACUCUGUUCACAAUGUUGACAUCAGUAAACUUCUCGCCAGACGCCAUACACGUGGUCUGCGGUUGUGAGGCCUGUUGGACAUACCGCCAAAUUAUCUAAAACGACGUUGGCCUCCAACGGUAGAGAAAUGAACAUUUCAUUCUCUGGACAUUCCUGCAAUCAGAAUGCCAAUUGCACACUCCCUCAAAACUUGAGACAUUUAUGGCAUUGUGUUGUUUGACAAAACUGCACAUUUUAGAGUGGCCUUUUAUUGUCCCUAGCACAAGGUGCAACUGUGUAAGGAUCAUGCUGUUUAAUCAGCUUCUUGAUAUGCCACACCUGUCAAGUGGAUGGAUUAUCUUGGUGAAGGAGAAAAUCUCACUAACAGGGACAUAAACAAAUUUGUGUACAACAUUUGAGAGAAAUAUGCUUUUUUUUGCAUAUGGAACAUUUCUGGGAUCUUUUAUUUCAGCUCAUGAAACAUGGGACCAACACUUUACAUGUUGCGUUUAUAUUUAUGUUCAGUGUAUAUAUACUGUAUUUCUCACCCCCGUCUGUCUCACUAUUAUAACCCUUUCUUUCUGUCCAUUCAUGCCCUGUCACUCUUCACUGAACCUCUCUAUAUCUCCCAUCUCUUUCUCUUUUUCUGUGCAAAAGAAAUACAAUUUAAAUGUAUGAAUUUGACUGUCAAUGGAAUUCAGUUAUUUGAGUACUCUCUCUCUAAUUAUAUUACAUAAUGACCUUGGUGAGGUGGAAAGACUAAUAUUUUAACUUUAAUGUGAAUAUUUGGUCAAUUUGACUUAGCUAUAAUGAAAUAUUUACUCAGUUCGUAGGCUAAGGCACACAUUAGGUGUGAAAAUAAAUCAAAUAACCUUUUCUGCUUUUCAUAUUUAAUGACACUGCUUGAAAUAGUUGACCGUUUGUUAAUUAAAGCAGCUGAGAACAGUCUGUAAAUGUAAUGAAUACACAGGGAGUCAGGAAGCAGGAGCAGAAGGUGAGUUUAAUAAUAAAAAAUAAUAAUAAUAAAAUGACGAAAAUAAAAAACAGGAGAAGCAUCCUGAAUGUAACCAAAACCAAUACUGCCUGAUGACUUAAGCUACUGAGGGCUAUAUGAAGGCAGAGUAAUCAGGGUGGUGAUGAAGUCCAGGUGUGCUUAACGAUGGGGAGCAGGUGUGCGCAAUGUAGGUUGCCAAGACCGGUGGUAGUAGACCGGCGACGUUGAGCGCCGGAGGGAGGAAGCAGGGCGUGACAGUAAAUGGCGUUCAUUGACUUGAAUUGAUUGUCUGUUAAAUAUUAGGCUCGGUAUCUCUUUAAGAAUCUGACUGUGUGGUUGUAUGACGACGACUAAAAACCCCACUGUGUGUUUGAUUAGACAAGUGAUUAUGGCACAACAGAUAAGUGGCAAAUUUUACAAACAGGAAUUUAAUUGCGCGCUCCCCUGCCACAAGGUAUUUGAGGUCAUUUAGAGAUGUCUGUCUUAGCGUUUUAAUAAGACGGUAUUUCAAACAAAGCGCUGACAACAUCAUUGUUUCCAUAAAGAUGUUAUACACAAACACGCUGUGUGUGUCAUUGGAAUUUCUCUCUGCAUUUCACACAAUUGUUCUUUAUCUGAAAAUGGCCAUUGACAUCCAAGAAAUCAAAACCCUCACUCGUCCUCUGUUCAAAGCUUCCCUGUUGUUUCCCUCUAAAGCAGAUGGGGCGGUGGAGAAUUCACACCAUGUACCACUAUGCACUCCAAACGUUCUGUUUCUGAAACAAAAGAACCAGGCAAAAAAACAAUGUUUUCACCCGUUGAGAGGCAACAAGUCACUGUCUUUCUGGCGGUAAUAACAGCCUGAGCAGAAACCCAUGGAUUAGGCUGGUCUGCCGCCCUGCAUACAUUCACUUCAAAGCCUCCAGUGAAUCUCAAGAAGAAGCGUUAAGAUUACCGUCCUGCUGCUUACGCUUUUCUCGAUUUUCCACCCCAAACCUCGUUCUUGCCAGCCAGGUAUGGCUGCUCUAUGUCAUAGGGAGAUACAGAGACGUUCCCGCAACAUUUGAUCCAUGCAGCCGAUUACGGUAAUGAAGGCAGGCUCCAGGCGGUGGCAUCACACUAAACACUUAGGAGAAUGGCUGAAGAGAGUAGAAGGCAAAAAGGGAACACUUAAGAUUUUAAGACAAUUUAGUAAAUGCCGACCACUUGAGAAUGCAAACAGAACCUGACCACUUCAUGUCAGAGAACACUGAAAGGAGCAGAGAAUGUGCUGAACACUGUUCUUGAAGAAGGGGAAGGAGGAAUUGAAAUGAGUGAGCAACCAGACAUCGUUGGCAUGCUAGGGCCGUACUUACUUUCCUGGCGGACAAGUCUCAUUACAUUUUGAGUGAGGGCCUCAGCCUUCCUCAUACUGUGUGCCACAGGGUUCCCGGCUGUCACAGGAGCACUGCACGGGUCACAGGGCUCAUGACCCCCCUUCACCCAGUGGUCUCCUGGGUCAGAAGAUGCUUCUCUCCGGCAGCCAGGCAGAGGCAACCAGGCCAGACUGACAGAGAAAGAGGUAAAGGCAGCCAUGUCAGUUUGGCAGAGGCUGAGACAGAGGCAGAGGCAGCCAGGCCAGACCAGUGACAUCUGAACAGGUGGAGGAGAGGAAGAAGACGGGGGUUGAUGGAGAAUGCAGUAGGCUGAGUGACAGAGCAAAUUACAACAUCUGUAAAAGUCUGGUCGUUUAGUUGUGAAGUCAGACAUGCUCAGCCUGUGAGAAAGAGUCAUUAUCCUUGGAGGGAGAAUAGAAAUGUAGGUUUGACUGAGCUGUAGUUUGACUCUCAGGUCUAAUGGUGGGACCAUUCAGGUUUAGAUGGACAGUUGAAGUCAUAAUCAGAAAAUAACCAUUAUCAGGAAGCAACAUAACCUUGGACCCCAUGUUAAGAGUAGAACACCUUACUGUACCUGUGAAAGGAGGCUGCUGUUCAGCUCUCUUAUUCUUUUUACCAGCCAAACCGAGCUGGUAAAAACUGAGCUGGCCUGGUGACGCAUACAACAUAGUUGCUGGAACCGUGCUGGACAGGAUGUAGAAAGAACAUUUCAGAGCCAGCACAGUAUGGUUUGGUUUGUCCCUAUAGUGUGAAAUAGGUAUUUGUCUCUCUCUCUGGCCUGAGUCCCUCUUCCCAGUCUGGCAGCCCCACCAAGAAAAAAGAGCUGCUGUCAAUGUGGCCACACGCUUGCGCUUUGAAGGGUGUGUAGUUAGAGAUGGUGAAGGAGUCGUGUGUUGCUGACAGCAUUGUGUAUGCCGUUCUUACAGGGUCUUCAGAUUAGUUUUGCACGGGCAACGAAAAUGCCUAAACAUUCUUUCAAACACGCGCAAACACACACACAGGUGUAGCUGUAAGCAUGAGCUCUUCUCAUAAAUGGUGUGAAAUGUGUUUUUGACUCUCUCCUCUUUCUCUCCCCCCUCUCGCCCCAUCUCUCUUUCUCUCUCCCUCUGUGGAAGGUGAUAUUCGAGGCCGUAUCCUUACAGGGCCAUCCAGGGUUCAUCGCGGUGGACGAGGUCCGAGUAUUGGCCCACCCGUGCCGUAAGUGACCCGCCGUUACUAACCCACCAAGCAUCAUCUGGUCUCACACUCGUGUGUGUGUGUGUAUUUUGGGGUGUGGUCACAUAGACUGAGAGGGUUGGAGGGAGGACGAGACAGGUUGCGGAGCACAAAAUAAGGCACACCUCAGGUCCUUCAUCAUUCAAUGCUGACGGACCUCUUUGCCUCACAUCUUUGGACUUCUCCAAGGCACUGAGUGUCCUCGACGUGUUCUCUUCUUUCUUUCUUUCUUUCUUUCUUUCUUUCUUUCUUUCUUUCUUUCUUUCUUUCUUUCUUUCUUUCUUUCUUUCUUUCUUUCUUUCUUUCUUUCUUUCUUUCUUUCUUUCUUUCUUUCUUUCUUUCCCCAGACUUUUCCCAAAUAAUUAGGACAGAGCACAUAUCUACUUGUGCCAAAUUCAGUUAACAGGAAGGGAAGGGAAAUAAAUGAUCUGAGGUAAAAUAAUUCAGUCGGUCUUCUUCUUCAAUGGGGGAAAUUAACGUCAAGAUAAAUGCUCGUAUUGAAAUAUCAAUGAAUACACUAUUUCCAGGUGCAGUGAAAAUGAGAUUAGGAAAUCAGCUGAGCUCAAUACCAUUUCAAUGCCACACGGAGCAAAUCAAUUCAAAUCAAAUUGUAUUGGCCACAUUCACCGAAUACAACAGGUGCAGACAUUACAGUGAAAUGCUUACUUACAGCCCUUAACCAACAGUGCAUUUAUUUUUUUAUAAAAAAGUAAAAUAAAACAACAACAAAAAAGUGUUGAGAAAAAAAGAGCAGAAGUAAAAUAAAAUAACAGUAGGGAGGCUAUAUAUACAGGGGGGUACCGGUACAGAGUCAAUGUGCGGGGGCACCGGCUAGUUGAGGUAGUUGAAGUAAUAUGUACAUGUGGGUAGAGUUAAAGUGACUAUGCAUAAAUAAUUAACAGAGUAGCAGCAGCGUAAAAAGAUGGGGUGGGGGUGGGGGGGGGGCAGUGCAAAUAGUCCGGGUAGCCAUGAUUAGCUGUUCAGGAGUCUUAUGGCUUGGGGGUAGAAGCUGUUGAGAAGUAUUUUGAACCUAGACUCCGGUACCGCUUGCCGUGCGGUAGCAGAGAGAACAGUCUAUGACUAGGGUGGCUGGAGUCUUUGACAAUUUUGAGGGCCUUCCUCUGACACCGCCUGGUAUAGAGGUCCUGGAUGGCAGCCUCGAUGCACUGAGCAGACGAGGGAAGGCAAUUCUAGGGAAGAAAAUAUGACCUGACAUCUUAAGUAACUUUCAAUUUUCGAUCGAAAAGGAAAAACACACUGAUUUACAUUGUUUUUCAUGUCUUGUGUAUUUGUUUUCAUUAUUCCGCACGUAACUCAACUUUCCCUUUGACCUCAAUGCAUGAUUCACAUGGACGUCAAACUUGAUAUUGAUAUUGUUAGAGUGAAAGAGUUGAUAUAUGCUUAUGCAUGCCUAGUCAUUGUAUUGAGUGUGCUCUGUAUAAGGUUUAGUUUAAUGUCAACGUGUACAACAUUGGCAGGUAAGAGCUGAAUUGCAGUGUACAGACCAUCUAAAUAAAUAAACAAAUAAAUAAUGUCAAAUUGUGUGAUAAAUGUCUGUGUGGAGGGAGCAUCAGUCGGUCAAAGCCAGGUGAAAGCCUCAGGAGCCUUGGUCAGGGACAGGGUCCGACAGGUCCGGACUCGGAGCAAUGAUGACUGGUCCUCAGCGCAACUGGUCUCUGUUGCUGGUAGCUAGCCAACUACUUCUCGACCACCACCAACAAGCAGCACUCACCUGGGUGAUGCCCCGGCAGCCGUUGAGGCGCCGGAAAGCUCACUGCAUAUUGGCAAUAGUCCAAAGUAGCCUCGUAGUACUCCCGAGCAUCUGCACUCGUCCUCUGCCAUCUCAGUUGACCUCUCCUGUCUCUUACUUCAGACUUCUCCACUCAACCUCAACCUCAAAUCAAAACAUCCAGCUAGCCAACUACUUGCUAGUUAGCUAGCUAGCUAGCUAGCUAGCCAAACCAACCAUCCAACCAACUGACUUGUUUGACAGUUUUGAAACGCGGUGGUGGCUUAAGACAAUUGUAAUGAUAUACACUGUUAAUGAAAAUUUUUAUAUUAAUUUUUUUUUAUAUAUAAAUAUAUAUAUAUAUAUAUAUAUAUAUAUAUAUAUAAUUAUAUAUAAUAAGCUAUCAAAAACAACAUAAAUAUGACUAAUAUUUAUAAAAAUGUUCCACUCAAAUUGCAUUGCUGCCUUUAUGUCCCAUGGCAACCAAAAAAGAAUAAGAAAUGAAUGAGUGUUACACAGUUAUGCCCCUGAGGAAAGCACCUCACUUUCUGCUUUGCAGAAUGUAGAGGUUGAACGUGGGCCAGACCACUUCCAUGAAUGCUAGGGAAGUGGUCCAAAUGACAACGUGGCUACAGGUGAGUCCUGGCCCUUCAGUCCAGUUAAAUGUCAUCCAUCUUUUCCCUCUCACUUAAAGUGCAAUCCUCAUUAAAAAUUAACAGCGCAGCUUCUGAGUGAGGCUGAAGAGUUAACCAUCUGAAUUCAUAGAGUAGCUUGCGCAUCACGACCUUUGUAAUAGCUUCUUAGCCUAUAGUGCCGUAGAAUUACAGGUGGAAUUUUAUUUGAACCGUCACUUUAGCUUUAGAGGGCCCCACUCUUGUUGGGCACACUUACAGCAUGUUCCAGUUCCCUGCUGUACCUUGCACACACAUGUAGCUAUAACCUCUAGGAAAGAUCCCAUAGAAUUGUUGCCCUCAGUAGACGUUGGUUAAUAUGGAUGUUGCCUCUCUUCAACCCACUGCAACUUCAUAGGAAAAUGCAGAGUCUUAUAGUAUACAUUUGCCAGUGGAAAGUAGUACCCGGGAGUAAAGUCUAGUGUGAUGCAAAUCAAUUAUCUUUUGGAGGGGGAUUGGUUGGUCGCAGUUGAACCGUAAGGAAAAGUGUGUGAAAUGGAAAGUUUCAACGGGAACAGUUCUGAAAAUUGCAGAGUAUCUGACAAAUUUACCAUACUUGGGUUCUUUAUAUCAGAUUUGAUGACCAUACAGUUGUCCUUUGGCCCAUACCAACGUGAGAAUGCUGUAGUGUACAUGUUUAUAAGCAAGUUGUUGGCCUCUCUCACUGCAGCGGUGGAACGGUUAAAGAUACAGCCCUCAUCGGACCUGGGUGGUGAACCACCGACGUUUCUCAGCACCGUCAGCGUGGGACACGUCCCAGGAGGCACCAGCCGCUACGCUGGUCAUCCGCUCCGAUGGCGGCUCCGGGUUUUCUCCCAAAUAUGCGAGCUCAUGUCAAAGGUAUGGCUACAUACUAACGGCUUACUGUUGUGGCUAAAAGCUAGCAGGUAAAAGCUAGCGGCUAAACAGCUAGGCUACAGCUAGCAGCUAUUAGCAGUCAGUCAGAACUCCGCUGGGGUCCUCCAGUCAUUAGCCGAGCGGCAAACCCCUCACUAGUUCAGCCACCAUCAGCAGCAGCAGCGCGUUCUGUUCCCCUGUCUCCCCUCUCCACUUGAUUAUGCACACUAACUUGCCUUGAACAUAAACCAUGAGAUUUUGGCCCACUCCUCCAUACAGACUUUCUCCAGAUCCUUCAGGUUUCGGGACUGUCGCUGGGCAAUAUGGACUUUCAGCUCCCUCCAAAGAUUUUCUAUUGGGUUCAGGUCUGGAGACUGGCUAGGCCACUCCAGGACCUUGAGAUGCUUCUUACGGAGCCACUCCUUAGUUGCCCUGGCUGUGUGUUUCGGGUCGUUGUCAUGCUGGAAGACCCCAGCCACGACCCAUCUUCAAUGCUCUUACUGAGGGAAGGAGGUUGUUGGCCAAGAUCUCGCGAUACAUGGCCCCAUCCAUCCUCCCCUCAAUACGGUGCAGUCGACCUGUCCCCUUUGCAGAAAAGCAUCCCCAAAGAAUGAUGUUUCCACCUCCAUGCUUCACGGUUGGGAUGGUGUUCUUGGGGUUGUACUCAUCCUUCUUCUUCCUCCAAACACAGCGAGUGGAGUUUAGACCAAAAAGCUAUAUUUUUGUCUCAUCAGACCACAUGACCUUCUCCCAUUCCUCCUCUGGAUCAUCCAGAUGGUCAUUGGCAAACUUCAGACGGGCCUGGACAUGCGCUGUCUUGAGCAGGGGGACCUUGCGUGCGCUGCAGGAUUUUAAUCCAUGACGGCGUAGUGUGUUACUAAUGGUUUUCUUUGAGACUGUGGUCCCAGCUCUCUUCAGGUCAUUGACCAGGUCCUGCCGUGUAGUUCUGGGCUGAUCCCUCACCUUCCUCAUGAUCAUUGAUGCCCCACGAGGUGAGAUGCAUGGAGCCCCAGACCGAGGGUGAUUGACCGUCAUCUUGAACUUCUUCCAUUUUCUAAUAAUUGCGCCAACAGUUGUUGCCUUCUCACCAAGCUGCUUGCCUAUUGUCCUGUAGCCCAUCCCAGCCUUGUGCAGGUCUACAAUUUUAUCCCUGAUGUCCUUACACAGCUCUAUGUUCUUGGCGAUUGUGGAGAGGUUGGAGUCUGUUUGAUUGAGUGUGUGGACAGGUGUCUUUUAUACAGGUAAUGAGUUCAAACAGGUGCAGUUAAUACAGGUAAUGAGUGGAGAACAGGAGGGCUUCUUAAAGAAAAACUAACAGGUCUGUGAGAGCCGGAAUUCUUACUGGUUGGUAGGCGAUCAAAUACUUAUGUCAUGCAAUAAAAUGCAAAUGAAUUACUUAAAAAUCAUACAAUGUGAUUUUCUGGAUUUUUGUUUUAGAUUCCGUCUCUCAUAGUUGAAGUGUACCUAUGAUAAAAAUUACAGACCUCGACAUGCUUUGUAAGUAGGAAAACCUGCAAAAUCGGCAGUGUAUCAAAUACUUGUUCUCCCCACUGUAUAUAUAUAUAUAUAUAUAUAUAUAUAUAUAUAUAUAUAUAUAUAUAUAUAUAUAUAUAUAUAUAUAAAGCUAUCAAAAACAACUAAAUAUGACUAAUAUUUACAAAAAUGAACAGGAGCAAUUCGCAUUGCUGCCUUUACGGCCCCAUGGCAACCAAAAAAGAAUAAUAAUAUGAAUGAGUGUUUGACACAGUUUACUGCCCCUUGUAGGGAAAGCACCUCACUUCCUGCGGCUGCAGAAUGUAGAGGUGAACGUGGGCCAGAACGCCACCUUCCAGUGUACUGCUGGGGGGAAGUGGUCCCAACAUGACCAACUGUGGCUACAGGUGAGUCCCUCCCCUUCAGUCCACUAUAGAUGUCAUCCAUCUUGUCCCUCUCACUUUAAAGCUGCAAUCCUUAAUUUGAAAAAUAACAGACGGCAGCCUUGCCUGAGUGAUGGGGCUGAAGAAGUAACUAAUCUGAAAUUCAUAGAUGUAGCUUUGGAUUCAUCCACCUUUAGUAACUAGCUUCUUUAGCCUUAUCAGUGACGUAGAAUACACAGGGAAUUUUAUUUGAUCUCUGUUGCAGUGUUAUGAGUGACCCCACUCUUGUGAAAGGACACUUACAGCAUGUUCCAGUUCCUUGCUGUACUUGCACACACACUGUAAUGGUAUAACCUCUAUGGGGAGAUCCAUACAAUCUGUGCCCUGAGUAGAAAGUCUUGUUUUAAUAUGGAUGACUGCCUCUCUUUCAGCCACCACUGUACUUCACUAGAAAAUGUUUGUGUCUUAUAGUAAUAGCAUUUGCAGUGGAAAGUAGUACCCAGGGCAGUAAAAGUCUUAGUGACAUGCUAGAAUAAAUUAUUCUUUGGAAGAUUGUUAUAGUCGAGUUGAUACCGUAAGGAAAAAGUGCUGUGAAAUGGAAAGUCACGGAAAUGUAUCUGAAAAGUUGCAGAGUAUCUGACAAACAUUAACCAUACUGUGGGUUUCUUUGGUUAUCAGAUUUGAAUGACCAUACAGUUUGUCCUUUUUUACCAUACCAAUGUGAGAAAUGCUGUGUGUACAUGUGUUAGUAAGCAAGUGUCUGUCUGGCUCUCUCUCUGCAGCAGUGGAACGGUAAAGAUACAGCCCUCAUGGUGACACGGGUGGUGAACCACCGACGUUUCUCAGCCACCGUCAGCGUCGGGGACACGUCCCAGAGGAGCACCAGCCGCUACCGCUGCGUCAUCCGCUCUGAUGGCGGCUCCGGUGUCUCCAACUAUGCCGAGCUCAUCGUUAAAGGUAUGGCUAACAUACUAACGGCUUACCUGCUUGUGGCUAAAAGCUAGCAGGUAAAAGCUAGCGGCUAACAGCUAGGCUACUAGCUAGCAGCCUAUUAGCAGUCAGUCAGAACUCCGCUGGGGUCCUCCAGUCAUUAGCCGAGCGGCAAACCCCUCACUAGUUCAGCCACCAUCAUCAGCAGCAGCAGCGUUCUGUUCCACUGUCUCCCCCUUCUCCCACUUGAUUAUGCACACUAACUUUGCCUUGAACAUAAACCAUGAGAACAUAUUGGUUAAGGGAGUGGAAAACAAGGGUUGCUUCACAGAUAGCAUAGACUACUGGGUAAUCGUUGGGUACUGUAGGAUGGGCGGGUGGGCACUCUCUCUCUCCGCUCUCUCCUGAGAAAAAGAGGAAUACUUGGGAGGGCACUGUAAAUAAUUUGAGAUAGACUAUAUAUUUUGUUCUAUCACUUCUGUUCUCAGAAAGGGAGGACUUCUUUGUUUAGGGUUCAGUAGGAGGCAAACCUAAUCCCCCCCCUCCUCUCUCGCUCUUUUCCUCCCUCCCUCCUCCCCUCCUGUCGAAAUUCAGCCAGCGACGGUUCCUGCACCGGGUGGUUUGCCUAGGCAAACAAACCUUUAAUGCUUUGAUUCCCGCUCACUGCCCAUAUGUGUGUGGAACGGGGCGAACUGGCGCUGCCUAGCAGAAGCUGGCACUGAAUCACUACUGUGAUGCACCUGGAAGCCAGAGGAGACUCUGCCUAACCUUGAGUUGUUCCUGCACCUGGCUUCUUGGCUCGGGCCUUCAGGCUUAUAGCAGGGGCCUUUGUAGUGGACCAUGCCUGAAUUGGUGCACCUCGGCUGGACUGGAGGCUACUCAAAUCCAGGCUGGCUGCUGUGUCCACUGGUCUCACCCUUGGUGUUUGAUUAGCAUCCUUGGUGUUUGAGAGUAGAUUAGCUGAUAGUUCUGAUUAAUGACCUGCACAAGUGGCCCUCUCAGCCACUAGUCUAUACAUAUCAGCGGUCACAAUGUCUCAGUCCAAAAACUGCUCCUACCCCUUCUUUUGAACAGAUCUGUAGGAAUUGGAAGUGAAUUAGAGAUGGCAAAUGAGGUGAAUAGGUUCUUCCAGUUAUGUAUUGAUAUGAAUUAAUCAAGUAGCCUUUCCUGCAGUCAAAUGACCUAGUGGCCUCAUGGGUGCAAUGUUAUUAAUAUUUUUCAUAAUUUCAUAAUAAAUAAACAUUAAUUUAUAAAAACUCAGAAAAUCCAGUGUUAAUGGUGAAAGUCAAACUGGGCUCAGUGGGGGUUUGGUUAGAUAGAUAGCUGAGAGAUGUGUUUGGGGUGGUGUUGGCUGUUUUUGAUUGGAUGUUGAGCUGAGAACAGGAGCCAUCAGCACCAUCUGUCUCUCCUCAUCAUGCACUCCUCCUGGGCCCUCCUGUUUAUGUGUGUGUGUGUGUGCACGCUCAUUUGUGUGCGUGCCAGGGAGGGGAUGUCUCUGUGCUGUCUCUGUUGGCAGCUCAGGUGUUCAAAGACACUGGCAUCAGCCAGGGGAAUUCUGAGGUGCCAACCCAGUGCUGA